UGGCACAUUAAACGGAAAGGACAAAACAAGUUUGUUAUCUUAUCUUUAACACUAGACGACAUUUGUCAUCUCAAAAUCUGUUUUUUUCUAACUAAAAGAAUUGGAGAGAAAUAUUUUUAUCAAAGUGUAGGACAAAUAAUUUAAAUAUAUUUACCCAACUUUUAUUAUUUGUUUGGGGUUAAACUUUUUUUAAUUGGUACACAACCUAGCGAAGACAACGCAAAAUAAAUCGGACCCGAGUGUCAAAUGAUCUGUAUGAGAGAGAUGUGUAUUCUAAGUCAUGAUUUCGAUGGAAAUUACGGAUGUUCUUGCGUUAUCUGCAUCAAUAUGCACGAUUUUACAAUUUCUAGCUGGCAUAGUGGUAUGCAGCAAGUAUAUUAAAAGUGGCACAACUGGAGAUAGUUCGGGUUUGGCCUUUCUAACAUGCUUUAUGUCUUGCAGCUUGUGGUUAAGAUAUGGAGCUCUCAUUGGAGACUUAUUUAUUGUAUCUGUAAACAUUUUUGGAGCGAUAUUACAGCUAUGCUACGUACUGAUUUAUUUCUUAUACAGUGUAAAAAAGUGGACUACUAUUAAGCAAUUUACAGCAGCAACUGGCUUUGUUUUUUUCGUGUAUUCCUAUAGCAUGUAUCAAGAGGACAAAGAGUUAGCUGCAAAACAUGUAGGAUUUCUUAGUUGUACUCUAACAGUAUUAUUUUUUGCAUCACCUCUGAUUUCGCUUGCACAUGUAAUAAGAGUAAAAAGUGCAGAGAGUUUGCCAUUUCCAGUUAUAGUGGCUUCUCUGGUAGUCACCUGUCAAUGGUUUGCGUACGGAUGUCUGCUGGGCGAUCCGUUUCUACAAAUACCAAACUUUCUAGGCUGUGUUCUGUCAGCUUUUCAACUUUCUUUGUUCUUAAUUUAUCCGAGCAAACGAACAGAUGAAACUUAUUUUAUAUAAAAUUAACAAAGUUUUUGCAUAUGUGGGAAUUUAAUGUAUGUAAACAUUGUUAAAUGUUGUAAGAGAUUUAUAUUGCUAUAAAUUUAUGUUGUAUAUA